AUGAGCUCGAUCAAAGCUGCAUGCAAUGCCGGCGCCGCAAGGUUAAAUGCUCCGGGGACUGUCCUUGCCGGACCUGCCUGCGGCACAAGAUCCCCUGCUCAUUCUCGGCUCCAGGCCGAGCAAAGUAUUCGGAUACGCCUUUUGACUACCAUCAAGGCCCAAGAGCAGCAGAUCAACAGUAUUGCAAGUACGCCUGGUACGCUUCUCUUCAACCCCGACGAUCCCGAUGAAACAUCAGUUGACUCUGCCUCUUCAUCAGCGCCUAUCACAGGCAACGCAUUCACCCAUGGCGCAACUCCGAUAUCACAGCCCGUUAGCACCCCUUCAACUCGUGGUGGGCUGAACGUUGAUGGGUUGUCUCCUUCGAGCUCAGCUCCGACAGAGAGGGCAUCCGGUCCCGCGUUUGAACUGCGUGUCAGGUCUCUCCUUCAACAAAGGCGUAGCGAUGGGGCCCUAGAUCCUCCUCCUGGCAGGCCGCAACCGAAAUCUCUCCUGCAAUUGCCAGCAGCAUCACAUGGGCUGUCGCAGUUCCUCCAAAAUGCUCCAAUUCCCGACCUCCCAACGCAAGCAGAGUCUCAUCAUCUCUUGAGCUUGUUUCUCACGUGGCUCGGAGUGAACCAACACUUCUUUGACUCUCGAGCCUUUGCCGAUACCAUGACGUCGCUGUUCCGGAGUGAGGCGUCGCGACGAGAAACGAUGAACUCUGUUUGGUUCAUCGAGUAUUUACUAGUCAUGGCGAUGGGUAAGCUCAUGGACUUUGAUACAGAAGUCGACACCCCACACGGACUCGACUAUUUCGCGGAGGCCAUGCGCCUCAUGCCGCCGAUGCAUCUCAUCAGCGAUCAUGGCAUCAUCGGGGUCGAGAUCCUCAGCCUCGUGGCUUUGAAUCUUCGGUGGCGCGAUCGCAAAUACGAAGCAUAUUUCCAUAUCGGCAUCGCCGUACGAUUAGCUCUGACUCUUGGAUGUGCUCAGCCUUACGACGAACAAGACUGUCUUCCAUCAGAGCGAGCACACCGAAUAAGACUAUGGUGGACGGUGUUCAUGCUUGACAGACGAUUCUCGGCUGAUCUAGGCUUGCCAGUGGCCGCUGACGACCGUCAGCUAUCCACCGAGCUCCCUCAGGAUGCCCCGGGUUUUCCUUCACCUCAAGCCAUCAUUAUCAACGUCAGAAUCGCUCGUACUACGGGAGAUAUCAUGACAUCCCUAUACGGCAACACAUGCCUUACCCAGCCAGACUUGGUCCACAAAGUGCAAAACAUCCUCAAGUCCUUGUUUGAGACUGGGCAUUCCAUUCCUCCUGAAUACAGUAUUGAUCUGACUCGCCCGUUCCCGUGUGUGACCAGGACGGGCGGGUCGCUCUACCUGAUGCUGUUCCAGGCCAUCAUUCUCUGCACGCGGCCAAUCUUACUCCAGAGAGUGAAAGAGAAAGUGACCGCAGCUUCGACCCACACCGCCUUGGAUGUCACACCACCUGUGAUUGAUCGUCUUUGUAUGCUCAGCAAGGAGUCUGCGAUCAAAACCAUAAGAAUACUAUAUGCACUGGAUAAGAAGCGCCAAAUUGCCCGUUUCGGCUUCUUCGACCUGGAUGCCACAUUCUCCGCCGCGUUGACACUAGUGAUGUUCGGGUUUCUGGACGGCGUAUCAGACAUCGCCAAUAUGCCCCCUGAACUGGAUCAGGCAGUUGACGUCCUUCUCCAUCUAUCCCGAGCGGGGAACAAGGCAGCAGAGCAGCGACUCCGGGACAUUAGGCAGUUCUGCAGCUUCAUCUGGCCUGACCUUCCGGUAUCGGAGGAAGCACCUUCAGGUGCCAAUCUCGAGAAACAAUAUACCCGGGAGGAGCGAAUCAGAGGAAGUUCCUCAGCAGUCCCUGAUCCAGGGAUUGAGGUCGAUAGGACCGCCACUGGUUAUGGUGAUCUACAGGACGCAAUGGACAGGACAUCUCAGGCCGACGAAGUUGUGAUGUCAGAUAUAGUCGACUUCGAGAAGGGGAACAAUUUCCUGGAUCUCAACAUGGAGGCGGACGGUAUCUAUUCGAGUUUCAAUGACCCGACACUCCCUUUGACGGGAGUCGAUGAUUUGGACUGGGCCGAGAUUGAGAAAGUUUUUACAGGAAGGCUAGCUUGA